ACACAACUAUAUAUAUAUACACUAUAUUGCCAAAAGUAUUGGGCCAGCCCUCCAAAACAUUGGAUUCAGGUGUUCCAAUCACCUCCAUUGGCACAGGUGUAUAAAAUCAAUCACCUAGGCAUGCAGACUGCUUCUACAGACAUUUGUGAAAGAUUGGGUCGCUCUCUGGAGCUCGGUGAAUUCAAUUUGUCCUUCCGUGACAUUUCCUUGCUAUUAAAUAUUCCAGGAUCAACCGUUAAUGAUAUUACAACAAAGUGGAAACAACUGGGAGCAACAGCAACUCAGCCACGAAGUGGUAGGUCAAGAAAAAUGACAGAGUGGGUUCAGCACAUGCUGAAACGCACAGUGUGCAGAAGUCACCAACUGUCUGCA